AUGUCCUGGUCUGGCUUCAAAAAAGCCAUCAAUAGAGCGGGCAAUCAAGUGUUGCUCAAAGCAGGACAAAUUGAUGAAACCGUCGAUUUGGAGUUCGAUUACGAAGAGAAGCGUUACCGUGCCAUGGAAAAAUCAUCCGAAAAGCUUUACAAGGAGCUUCGGCGGUAUAAGGAAACGCUUGGCUCGUUGGCCACGGCGCAACUGAAUGUCAGUGACGUUCUUGCCGGCUUCUACGGCGUUGAUGCUAAGAGCGUUGCCAAAGAGUACCAGCAGGCGACAAAGACGAUUUCGUCCGAAACUCUUGAAAGUUUGAACCAACCUUUUUUCCAAACAGUGCUCAACCCAAUUGACCGCUUCAACUCAUACUACGUCGACAUGAACGAGGCAAUCAAGAAGAGAGCCCACAAAAAAUUAGAUUACGACUCUCUUCGAAACAAGGUCCGCAAAUUGUCCGAUAAUCCCGAAGCUGAUCCGGCUCUGGAACUCAAAUUGAAGGAUACCAAGGCACAGCUUGCACUGGCUGAAGAAGUGUACAAAAGGCUCAAUGGCCAGUUGAAGUCCGAACUUCCUCGCUUGAUGGAUCUUCGUAUCUCAUAUCUCAAUCCGCUGUUUGAGGCAUUUGUUAAAUUGCAACUCCGGUACUUUAGUGAAAACCAUAAGCAUUUGAACGAGGUGCAAAAGAAGUUGGAUGCCAAGACAAAAGCGGAUUAUAAAAGCGGGAAGUUGGAAAAGCGGCUUGAUGAUAUCCUCGGCAAAGUGAAAGAGCUUAACAUUGCCAGUUAA